UGGUUUUGGUUCAAAGAAAUUCUUCACUUCUGAAAGAGGUAAUUUCUUUGAUAUACACAAACGUUAAGAAACAAUAAGAUUGUUUGAAUAUAUUUACUUUCCAAUAUCGUCGUCCUCAGAGCCCUGGAUACAUUUCGACGUUUUCUUUUUAGAUUACCCCAUAUCCAGCUCAAUCACUUUUAACCAGUAGCACACUUGCUUUACAUUACGAUCAGCCAAUAUGGACGUAGAGUCAACACCAAAAGACUCAAAACCAAAAGCUGUCAAGUCAGAGACCAGGCUCACAUUUGGUGUCGAGAUCGAAUACCUCUUGGCUACUGUUCACCCCGUUCAUCCUUCUCCUGACCCGCGGGAUCCUCGCGAGUAUGAUGGAAAAAAACUAGCGACAGUAGAUGACGUUAAUUUAGACAUAUUGGAAAAGCUAAAGGCUAAUGAUGUGCCAGCAUCAAUGCUUUGGACUUCUGCUACGCGUGCUCUGCCAAGUGAUGAAGAACUUGAAGCUAAUUGGCUCCUUAAAAAUGAUGCGACCGUCCUUGGUCUUGUGAGAAUCCAUCCAUAUUACAGGGAGUUUGGCAUGGAAAUGUCAUCUCCGCCAUAUUACUAUGAUGAGGCCUCCCGGGAAGUCAUCCGAUUGGUUCUCAAAACGUUGAGGAAAAACUAUCUAGUCCGUGUCAAUAGCACUACAGGCCUCCAUGUUCACGUUGGAAAUGAGUAUGAUGGAUUUACAUUUCAUGUCCUUCGCAACCUCGUCGCCAUUUUAUAUACCUACGAACGACAAAUACGGCUAAUUCUCCCUGCAGAGCGUGUGCAGGGACUCCAGCAAAAAUUUUGUCGACCUUUCCCCUGGGGCUCCUUCGGCCAGGCGAAUCCAGAUAUUACACGUCUUGAUUUCCUCAACCACAUUCUCUCUUCUGAGAACUAUGAGCAACUCAUCAUAGACUUCACAACAGGGUUAACCGACCGUCUCGGAUUCAACAUAGGCAAUCUAACCCUCCCUACAAAGUUCCAAACGCACCAUCGAAUUCCGUCUUCAUCAAGGCACGCUAGAUCCAGACGCCAUCCUCCAUUUCAUACACCUCUGCAUCAAACUAACCGAAAAAGCCUGUCUGACCAAAAACCAAGACGCGCUCAUCGAGCGUCUCAGAAACGAUGUCGAAAAACCUAUCGGUCUAGGUGAUCAGGAAUGCAGCACUGUCGAUAUGCUCAUGUGGCUGGGAUGUCCGGCUCAAGCUUAUUAUUAUGGUAUCGCUAUGGUGGCGACUGAUAAGCAGAAGUUUAAAGAACGCAUUGAAGAGGAUGCCCGGAUUGCGAGGGAUCAUGCGAAGAUGGCUUAUGAGGUGUGGAUGGAGGCUAGGAGGAAGGAGAAGGCGCUUGGGUUUGAUGUUGGUGAUGGUGGUGGUGGUGGUGGUGGUGGUGGUGGUGGUAAUGGGAAGGAGGGACGUUCUCGUUCGCGUUCGCGUUCGCGUUCGAGGGAGUCAAGCUCGGGGUCGCCGGUUGCGCCUGGGGUUGAUCUUUCGUCGUUUGCAUUUUCAUAGUUUGCAUAUUAGGGGGGGUGUUUUGGAGGCGCGUUCAUAUAGUUAAGUUUGUUCCCCUUUUUUCUUUUUGUUUUG